AAAUAACCCCAAGGAACUUUCUGAUUGGUCCCUCAAUCUAUAAAUAAAAAACAAAUUUGAACAAGAUCAAAUUAAAAUUUGCGCAAAUCUGUGUUAUUUUUUCUUGUAUUCAUACAUAUUUGGUACACUUGUGUUCUCAAAGCUAUCUUCUCAUUUAAGAAACAAAAAUGUUGAAUUAUGGAAAUGUUGUACUGGCAAGUUUCCUAGUCUUUCUACCAUUUGUUCAAAUGGUAACUCUGGAACAAGGCCUCGCAAAUCCUGAUAAGUAUAUACGUUAUGAUAGAAACGAGUUCAACAUUGGAAUGCACGUUGGCCUUUCCUUGAUUAUUAUCACUUGGGUACAAAAGGAAACGUCAUACAUAAAUGAAAAUUACAAGCUUCAAUUUGAAUUUUGCUUGAUAUUUCCUAUCCGUUCCCAUCGAACUGUCUCUCUUCUUUUGUCAUUGCUACUACUCUAAUGAAUGAAUGAGCAGCGAAUACGAUCGCUAAUCAGUCAUUCAGUCGGCUAGUAGAAAAACAAUCAUUAAUUGCUGCUCUCUGUUUGUUGUCUUUUGUUUUUUGAUUCUGUACUAAAUUAUUGUUAACUGAAUAACUGUAUGUCACGUUUCUAAUAUAUGUGUCUUUGUAGGUGUGUAUCGCUGUGUGCAUAGACCUGUGCGUAAUUUUCUGUUAUGCCUUAGCGACUACAAUUUAACUAUUUGUGUUGGUGUACGUGUAUGUGAAUGUAUGUGUGUGUGUAUGUUUAUCUGACUUCAUUUAUUCAUAUGU